AUGGUGCUGGAGGUCGCACACUCAACUAACAUUGAGUUUCCUAAUUUAUCAUAUCGUUCAAAGCUUUAUAACUUGUGGAAUGUGAAGGCAAGCGAAUCUAAUAUCUCUAGUGACUCUUCGUUAUUUGAUGUUCAUAGUCGCUUGCUGAUUGAACUUUCCGAUAGUGACUCUUAUGCGUCUAGUGAUACUUGCGAGCUUUAUAACAGGUAUAAAACCAUAAACACAUCAGAAUCGUUUGUUUGCGAAGAUCUCUCCAAGAAAUAUGAAAUUGAUUUUGACCAUGAAAGCCUCGAGUUUGAGGUUACUUUAAAAGAUCAUGAUACUAAUUCGAUAGAAGGUAAUGAUUCUAUAGUUAUGGAGUUAAGUCCUUUCAUGUCCAAUUCAUUUUCUUCUUUUGAUGAUGGUCGAUUCUCAACAAAACUAAGGAUAUUUGUUAAUAAUAUCAAGAGAGCGUUAUGCAGAAAUACUUCGAUGAAGAGCCCAAUGGUCGUUUGUAACUUUGAGUUAGAAAGUUACGAAGACUUCUCACCUGUUUCUAUGAAAGUGCCAAUAGUAGAUAACGAACACACUAACUCCUUCAGAAAAUUAGACUUUUCUUUUUUUUCGGAAGGAGAUACUCAAGAGACUUUUGAGCAUUCGUCAACUAUUAAAUUCAGCAAUUUUGCUGAUGUGGUUCUUUACAAUCACAAAGGUAUUGAAAAUUAUAAUUCUGGGUCGAAUGCUACUGAUUGCACCUCGACGUCAAAUGAAAUUGAAAAUGAAAAUUGUAGACGUCACAUCCUGUCUUUUGAUCGACAAAGAGGUGCUUUGGCAUCUUCAGAUUGUGAACGCAAUUUUGCAUUUCCAUAUGAUAGGGUUAAUUCAAUUUUGAAAAGCAGAAUCAACCGAAAUUUAGAAUCAGAAUUGGCAAAAGCUAAGAAUGAUGAAGCAGUUGAGGUAGAUACUUUUCUAAAAAAUUUCGAGCAUAUAGAAAUUGAAAAGUUUAAAAAAGAAUCGGAGUUAAACGGUUUAAGACUGCUUCAGCUAAAAAACUACUACAAGAAUAAUAGUCUCAGGAAUUCCUACUGA